UAUUCCAAUUGGCAAACAACGGCUUUUCGCUCUCGGUUCUCGGCCGUUAUAUCAACGGAAAUUGGUUGAUAAUUGAAAAAAUAAACGCGCAAAGUGCAAUAACUAGAUGUGAUAUUAUAUUUUCUAUUAAGCAAGAGCGGUAAAGAUGAAAGUUUAUUAUUGACCUCGAAGAGAAUUUUGGCAACAAACGCACACAGAUACAGAUGCCUUGUGAAAGCAGCGAAGAAGAGGAAGAUAAGAGAACGAGUCGCAUUUUGGCUAAAUUUAAAAGUUGGUCGCUAGCAAGAUGCUAAAUUUAGGCAAUGCCAAAGUGGCCGACCUGGAGGAAUUCCCCUCACCGCCCCCCUUUUCCAAGGACGAAAGCUUCCAGCUGUUGGAGAGAAAUGCCUCGGCCACCGUCGUCCCUCUGGAACGCCCCUUCACCACCCCCCUCGCCCCAUUCGACAUGGAGCUGAUGAAACGUCACAAUCUCCACGAGCGACUAGCGGGAAAGGAGAGCUUCUGGGGGGGAAGGGGAUCGCAGAGAUUCGUGGACCAGGAGAAAAUAUCAUCAUCUCGUGAAUCACUCAGCAUCGCCGAUAAGAGAGCCAGAUUCGCAGAAAGCGACGCCCACACGCUCCAACUGCCAGACGCUGACGAGCCCCGGGCCAAUGGGAAAAAGCCCACUGGGGACAGGACCAACCCAUCGCAUCCAGCCACGCCCCUGCUGCCAAUGACUGAUCCGGGCUUAGUGAAGGGCAACGGAAGCGGCGUCUACGAUGAUCGCGAGUGCAGCUGUCCCAGGGAGUUCUACCAGCGGGGCGAGAUCAACGCCUCGCUGUUCUUCGAGGACUGCAUUCGGUCCAUUGACUUUGUGCUGGCCUACAGAACCAGUGCCCAUGAGCCCACGGAGCUGGAGAACACGGAGAAGCGGCGUGUUUUCGAGGCGAAUCUCUUGAGUCAGGGUCUGGAGAUCGAGGCCAGCCAGAAGGAUCAAAUCUGGUUCGUUAAGAUCCAUGCCCCUUUGGAGGUCCUGCGGCGGUAUGCGGAAAUACUUAAGCUGCGUAUGCCAAUGAAGGAGUCGUUAUGCACUUUGCGCAUAUCUGAAAGAUCGAAUCGUCUACGAAAUGCGGCCCAAUACCUGACCCAUAAGAUUCCUGGCAUGUCCGUGGUUAAUCGCUCCACCAAAAGCGUGUUUUCUAGUCUCAAAACGGUUUUCCAAUUCUUCCUGCGCAACAUCUAUGUGGAUGAGAACAUUUUUCCCAAAAGAGCGCAUAGAUUCACCGCCAUCUACAGUCGCGACAAGGAGUAUCUCUUUGACAUCCGACAGGAUUGUUUCUUCACCACCGCCGUCCGCUCCCGCAUUGUCGAGUUUAUUCUGGAUCGCCAGCGAUUCCCUGCCAAGAAUCAACAUGACAUGGCCUUUGGCAUUGAGCGAUUGAUUGCCGAGGGCGUCUACUCUGCUGCCUAUCCAUUGCAUGAUGGUGAAAUUACAGAGACGGGCACCAUGAGAGCUCUGCUGUACAAACAUUGGGCGUCUGUACCCAAAUGGUAUCGCUAUCAACCCUUGGACGACAUCAAAGAGUAUUUUGGUGUCAAAAUUGGCUUGUACUUUGCUUGGCUGGGCUACUAUACCUACAUGUUGUUGCUGGCCUCGAUUGUGGGUGUGAUUUGUUUCCUAUACUCCUGGUUCUCCCUUAAGAACUAUGUGCCUGUGAAAGAUAUUUGCCAGAGUGCUAAUACAAAUAUAACAAUGUGUCCCCUCUGUGAUUGGUGCAACUUUUGGGACCUGAAAGAGACCUGCAACUAUGCCAAAGUUACGUACCUCAUUGACAAUCCCAGUACCGUGUUCUUCGCCGUUUUUAUGUCCUUUUGGGCGACCCUGUUCCUUGAGCUGUGGAAGCGUUACUCCGCCGAGAUAACCCAUCGAUGGGAUCUGACCGGAUUCGAUGUGCAUGAAGAGCAUCCCAGGCCGCAGUAUUUGGCCCGUUUGGAGCACAUACCGCCAACGAGAGUGGAUUAUGUUACCAAUAUCAAAGAGCCAACGGUGCCGUUUUGGCGCAUGAAGCUGCCAGCCACUGUGUUCAGCUUUUCAGUGGUGCUGCUGCUAAUUGCCCUGGCUUUUGUGGCUCUCCUGGCGGUGGUUGUGUACCGAAUGUCCAUGCUGGCGGCUCUCAAAGUAGGUGCUAGUCCCAUGACCACCUCGAGUGCCAUUGUCCUGGCCACUGCAUCGGCGGCCUUUGUUAAUUUGUGCCUGCUCUACAUACUAAAUUAUAUGUACAAUCAUUUGGCUGAGUACCUAACUGAGCUGGAAAUGUGGCGCACUCAAACACAAUUCGAUGAUUCGCUGACCCUCAAGAUUUAUCUUCUACAGUUUGUCAACUACUAUGCAUCCAUUUUUUAUAUAGCAUUCUUCAAGGGUAAAUUCGUGGGUCAUCCGGGGCAGUAUAACAAACUAUUUGACUACCGUCAGGAGGAGUGCUCUUCGGGUGGCUGUUUAACGGAGCUGUGCAUCCAGUUAGCCAUUAUAAUGGUGGGCAAACAGGCUUUCAACACUAUCCUAGAGGUAUAUCUGCCCAUGUUCUGGCGCAAGGUGUUGGCCAUUCAAGUUGGCCUGUCCCGGCUGUUUAACAACACCCCAAAUCCUGACAAGACGAAAGACGAACGCUGGAUGCGGGACUUCAAGCUACUGGACUGGGGUGCUCGAGGUCUGUUUCCCGAAUACUUGGAGAUGGUCUUGCAGUACGGCUUUGUGACCAUCUUCGUGGCCGCUUUUCCCCUGGCGCCAUUCUUUGCCCUGCUCAAUAAUAUUCUGGAAAUGCGACUGGAUGCCAAGAAACUACUGACCCACCAUAAGCGUCCCGUUUCGCAACGAGUUCGGGAUAUUGGGGUAUGGUAUCGUAUUCUGGACUGCAUAGGCAAACUCAGCGUGAUCACAAAUGGAUUCAUCAUUGCCUUUACCUCUGACAUGAUCCCGCGUUUGGUGUACCGCCAUUAUGUAAAUAAAAAUGGCACUCUGGAUGGUUAUCUCAAUUUCACUUUAUCAGAGUUCAGAGUGGCUGAUUCACCUACCUUAAACAGCUUAGCUGGCGAUCUCUCCAACAUAACCACGUGCAAAUAUACGGACUUUCGAUUACCACCUUCAUCACCGGAAAAAUACACUUUGAGCAGCAUGUUUUAUAUAAUUUUAGCCUGCCGGUUGGGUUUUGUUGUGGUCUUCGAAAACUUUGUGGCGCUGGUGAUGAUACUGGUGCGUUGGUGCAUUCCGGACAUGAGUGUGGAGCUGCGGGAUCAAAUCCGACGCGAAGUCUAUGUGACCAAUGAGAUUAUCAUCGAUCAGGAGGCUCACCGAGCUCGUUUCGAGCGCGCCAAGCGUUGCAGUUCGGUUCUCCAAACGCCAGUUGACCAAGACAUGGAUGCUGCCUCAAUUCAAGAGCCAAAUGCCAAGUUUAUCAACAUUGAAAAGCUGCUCACCGAAAAUCUCACCCAGAUCGAAAUGGAUGCCAUUAUACACGGCGAAAAUCCGAUCACGGGAAUAUCCGGUGCAGAUUGCUUGGAAGAAGUGCACAAAAAGCUUAGUGAUUAGCUUAAAAGUCAAAAGUGUUUAAAGUGAUUCAUUGUGUUAUGAAGGUUCCUUUCAGUCACUUAAUUAGGCCUAAGUUAUUACUUUUUUAUUGAAAUUUAAUUAUUUAUUGCAAUCGGCUUGCAAUUUGGUUAAAAGCUUUAUUUAUGCUUCAUUUGUUUUAUUAAAGCAAUGUCAUUGUUUUUAAGACAGUCACUCAGACAUGUAUAUAAAUACAGCCCAAGUGUGUGCCAAUCUAGCAAUGAGCACAAUUAGCAUAAUUUUUAAAAAACUAUUGAAUUUCACACUCUAUAAACAGUAAUCUUCAUAGGGACAUCCCUUACUCAUGUUAAAAAAAUCUCAGGCUCUCACAUGACUCGUAUAUGAACAUUUAUUUUAGGUAACAUUUAUAAAUGUAUUUAUUGCAUUCAUUGAAGUGUAUAUAUAUAUAUUGACGUUGAUAUACUGAAAUCUCUAUUUAAUGUUGACUAUAUAAAUAAACAAAUAGUAAACAUUGGUAUAAAAGAAA